UAUUUAGAAUUCUGUACUAAGUCUGCCUCCUGCGAUCGUUGUCGCGGUUGAAAUGGAAAACUAUAAAGAGUUAAAUGCCGAACUGGUAGCGCAAGUGCAGAAACAAAAGUUGGAAAUUUCUGAAUACCGCAAAGGACUCAUUCAACUAAACGCACAGUUGCAGGAAGAGCAUGAAAAACGCGUAUUUGAAAGAACACGCUACGAGGAGGAGGCAAAGGAGAGAGAAACGAAGCUUAAGUGUGCGCUUAGUGAGCUUAUGCGCAGUCUAAACAUUAGCACCAACUCACAACAGGAACUCCACCGCAUUGAUAAGACUUUGACGCCACAAGCUCCACCUCCAGCAUUAUCUACCGAUGGGAAGAGACAAAGCGAUCGCAGCAGUAGCAGCACGAAGAUGUGCAGGGAAUUGCGGCAUUCGAGUGCUCUGUCCCGCCACACUAUUGUCCUUUCACCUAGUCGACGCUUAAGCAUGCGCAGAAGCAGCAGUAGCAACAACCAAAGCGUUGAAUUUAUUGACAGUAGCUCAGCAAGCGAGGGUGAGGAAGAGGAAGAAAACACAGAGCAGCAAGCAAACCCAGCGGGGAUGGCAGAAGCAGAAACUCUUCACAGUUCACCACAACCCAGGCGAAUUUCGGAGCUAGAUGUUGACAUUAACUGGCCAGAAGAGGCAGAAGCAGUGCCUCAACAGCAAGAGGAUCCUGCAGCAGUUUACUUGUAUUCCAUUCAAGAGGAAGAUAGCGACAGCGAAGACACGUCCUUUAGGUGUGCUGUCCAAAACCCAACCUCUACGCAACCUAUGCAGACUCGUCGGCGAGCUAUAUUAAACGCAACAGAGUCGCCUCUGCGAGACGUAACAAAUAGAUCCAUCGCCAGUCCAAAGACAACUGCACGAGGCAGUCGUAAAUCGCCGCGUAUAGAAGCCGCGAAGCCAACACCCAGUCCACAUCUGACCCGGACCAUGAGUCGCAUGUACGAAGAGACUGAUAAUGAAAACAUGAGUGUACAGCAAGCGCGGUAUGUCGCAAACUUAUCCCCCGAAGCGGCAAGCUUCAAAAACUUUGGGGUCGCCACGGAUCUGACGCUAACGCCUAAACGAAGCAGCCUGGAGUUAAGCUAUGCUCAAGGAAUCGAUAAUGCACCACGCAGCACGCCAAUUGCGUGUCCAAGAAAAAGCAAUUCAGGAUUCACGAAGGACGAUGAAGAGGUAGUCGUUGUGGCUUGCAGAAUGGCGUCACGUGGCCGCAAGAUCAGUAGAUCAAAGCAAAUAUCUGUUACGGAUUCCGAAACAUCUAGUGAGACCUUUGGCGGACGUCCAAGCCGAUCGUGCCGCCCAAAAACACUCAAGGAGCCGAGCUUGGGUGCAAAGUUACGCAAUGAAACAAAAGAAAACUCGUUAACGAAAAAGCGGAAAUAACAUAACUAUUGAAUGGAAUAAAAGCAUUUAGCCAGUAAUCAAUAAUUCUAGCUCUAAACUAUUUUUUGCGUUUAAUU